GCUGGUUCAAGGCGGACGUGUAGGUAUGAAAAUAGAGGAACAGCCACCGGCGCCAUGCGUCUCUGCUGCGCUCUUGGGGCAAAAUCUGCAAAGAAUCGCUUGAUUUUUCUGCGGUUGUAUUGAUAAAGAUUAAAAAGAGACAGUUGGACGAACCGCCGCGAUGUAGGUGGAGCAUUUUGUGUCGGUUUUGGGUUUGUAACUUGGACACGAAAUCGAUCCAGAAGUACAACAACAGCUGGUGUGGAGUCAUGGAAGUACAUAGGAGAGAAGGAGAAGGAGCAGAUCCAGACCAAGAUCGGCAAUAUUGUGAGCUUUGUGGUAAGAUGGAGAACCUUAUGAAGUGUGGUCGGUGUCGCAGUUCUUUCUAUUGCAGUAAAGAUCACCAGAAACAGGACUGGAAGAAGCACAAGCAGGUUUGUAAGAAGGCCGAGGUCUGUGCGCACCUCCAGCAGCAGCAAGCAGACUCGGGAGAACUUUCCCGAGCUAACGUGGAGAUCGAGAAGGACUCAGAACCGCAGGAGAAACAGCAAAAGAGCAAAACACUGAGCUGCACGGUCUCAGAAAAGUCCAACGGAUCUUCCAAAGCGCACAGGGACACCGGAAAAAGUGCACCUGAGAUCCAAGGAGCUCCUGAACCACUUGGUGAAGAUCUGUCCAACGGGCAAAUAAUGUCUCCUCAGCAAAAACUAGCAACAGAAUAUAUAGGCCCGUGUAUGAAUAAACAUGGAAUUUGUGUUGUGAACAACUUUCUUGGUGAUGAACUUGGACUCGGUGUCUUAGAAGAGGUUCGUCGUCUCUAUACUUCUGGAGAAUUUACAGACGGACAGUUAGUCAGUCAAAGAAGUGACUCGACGAAGGACAUAAGAGGUGAUAAGAUCGCUUGGAUCGAAGGAAAGGAGCCUGGAUGUGAGAAGAUAGCAGUUCUCAUGAGUCGCAUGGACGAUGUUGUCCGGCACUGUAAUGGGAAACUGGGAAACUACAGGAUUAAUGGACGGACAAAAGCAAUGGUGGCUUGUUACCCUGGUAACGGCACCGGAUACGUCCGGCACGUGGACAACCCUAACGGAGACGGGAGAUGUGUGACGUGCAUCUAUUACUUAAACAAAGACUGGAAUGCCAAGGAACAUGGCGGCAUCUUACGGAUCUUUCCGGAUGGCAAAACCCAGUUUGCUGACAUUGAGCCCUUAUUUGACAGACUGCUGUUUUUCUGGUCUGAUCGACGGAACCCACACGAGGUCCAGCCUGCGUACACCACUCGGUACGCCAUCACCGUGUGGUAUUUCGACGCUGACGAGCGAGCUCGGGCUAAAGAGAAAUACCUGACUGGUGCCGUAGAAAAGGUGGGGAAAGUGGAUCUGAACCGGUCGUCCGAGCCGUGCUCACUGAUCAAGAGUUGAACAAACCUGCCGAACGGACAAGACGACACGGAACUGGUGAUAACCUUCGGAAUGUGUUUUUAACCUGCUGCUUGAAGACAUAAACCGACAGAGAAGAAGGACAGAAAUGACUGCACUGAGCUCGGACGGGAUGCGGCCAUGCGAUAAUGCUGCACUGCAUGAGCAUGUAGUGUUUGCGCUGCGGUCCGGCAAUUCGUUUGUAAAUGGAAUCAGUUCUCCGACAGCCCGAUGUCGCCAGCUCUGAUUUUGCGAUGGCUGCAGACCUGCGAAAGCUUCUCUGUGAAAGUACGUGUUCUAAUCGGGCCGUCUCUGAUGGCAGACUGUUCGGUCUUCUCUUCAUGAUCUGAUGGCCUCUUGUGGAGUUUCACUUCUCUGAAUUUAAACUCUAGUCGAUUGAUAAUUGCGGCAUCAGCUUGUAGUCGCCAGUGAAAUACACAACGAUGUUCUCUAAUAAACACACGCGCAAUUGGGCAGAGUGUUGAAUCAGAUCAGACAUGUCCUUGUCCUUUUAACUUGGACCAGAUUUUAUUUCCACACGUUUUUCAUUCAUUCAUUUGUACACAUUCACGUAUCUGUAUGUUUUUAUAUGUAAAAGAUCUACACAGCAAAGAAAGAAAAGAAACCAACUAAAAACAACGUUUUUGCCCGUGCUUUUCCGUAACUGACAACUGAUUUUUUUUUUUUAUAUAUAUAUAUAUCAACAGUUAACAUUCAGAAAUUCAGCCAUUUACUAAAAAAAAAAAAAAAAAAAUCUGAAUUUCAUACGUUAAUAUAAUCACCUUUUUUAAUCCUAAUACUUUUAAUUGGUGAUUAAAAUCUUGUUAAUAAAAAUCUGUGCUGUGGAUGUGGGUGCGGUUUAAGAGAAAUAAUGCAGCUGUUUUUAAAAUGACUUUAAAUCAAAUGAAGAGUGUGUGCAUGCAUGGGAGGUGAUGAUCUGAAUCUUUGCUGGUUUUUUUUGUUUUUUGUUUUAUUUUUUAAAUUGUACAAAUCUAAGGUUUAUUACUGAAUUUUUGAUUUAUCUGGUGAUUAAGUGCAGGUCCUGGUUUUUCAGGAGCAUGACAAGGAAGAGGUUAUUAUUAUUAUUAUUUUAAAGGGAGAAAUAGUUUGCGCUACAGCGGUCUAUUAAAAAUAAAACCAAAAGGAAUGACACACUGAGCGAAUGCCUCUGUGGAAUUAGAGGACUUCUUUCACUUUGUUUUAAAGGUUCUGAAAAUUUUAACAAUAGCAUGGUGUUGUCUGGAAACGAGUAUUCUAUCGUUUGUGUGAACAAAGGCUCAGUAUUUCAGGAGGCAGGAUGUGGUGCAUGAGACUGAUUGUAAUGAACAGGAGAUUAAUGAGAACAUUGAUCUCCUCCUGAGUGAGAACGCUGGCAGCUAAAACUACUGAGGGACAGGAAGGAAGUAGUCAUCCCCAUGUUUGCUGUUUACUGUUGUAGCGCCUCUGUUGGUACAUGUCUGGAAAAGGAUUUUGCUGCCUUACAGCUCCAGGGUCCAGAGGUUUGAUCCUGACCUCAGGUUACAUUAGUUUCCUCAAAAAACCUGCAAGUAAAGUGGAAUGGCUAAGAAUAAUUGCCCUUCAAUGUGAAUCAAAGUUUGUGCGUGCAAGAGUGAGUGUGCGUGCGAGCGAGAGUGAGUGAGUGUGCGUGCGAGCGAGAGUGAGUGAGUGAGUGUGCGUGCGAGCGAGAGUGAGUGUGCGUGCGAGAGUGAGUGCGCGUGCGUGCGAGAGUGAGUGUGCGUGCGAGCGAGAGUGAGUGAAUGUGCGUGCGAGCGAGAGUGAGUGAAUGUGCGUGCGAGCGAGAGUGAGUGAAUGUGCGUGCGAGCGAGAGUGAGUGAGUGAGUGAGUGAGUGAGUGAGUGAGUGUGCGUGCGAGCGAGAGUGAGUGAGUGUGCGUGCGAGCGAGAGUGAGUGUGCGUGCGAGCGAGAGUGAGUGUGCGUGCGAGCGAGAGUGAGCGUGCGUGAGAGUGAGCGUGCGUGAGAGUGAGCGUGCGUGAGAGUGAGCGUGCGUGAGAGUGAGCGUGCGUGAGAGUGAGCGUGCGUGAGAGUGAGCGUGCGUGCGAGCGAGAGUGAGCGUGCGUGCGAGCGAGAGUGAGUGUGCGUGCGUGCGAGAGUGAGUGUGCGUGCGUGCAAGAGUGAGCGUGCGUGCGAGAGUGAGUGUGCGUGCGUGCGAGAGUGAGUGAGUGUGCGUGCAUGCGAGAGUGAGUGAGUGAGCGUGCGUGCAAGAGUGAGUGAGUGUGCGUGCAUGCGAGAGUGAGUGAGUGAGUGAGCGUGCGUGCAUGUGAGAGUGAGUGAGUGAGUGAGCGUGCGUGCAAGAGUGCGUGAGUGAGCGUGCGUGCGUGAGUGAGUGUGUUCGUGCGAGAGAGCGAGCGAGAGAGAGCGAAUGCGGGUGUGCGAGUGUGUUGGUGUAUGCGCGAGAAAGCAAGCGUUUAAGUGCGAGUGUGAGACAGCGUUUGUAUUUGAAGUUGAUUGAGAUGGAUAAAAUAUAACAGCAACUGUUCCAAGUAUAUACAUGUAUAGUGUCCACUUUAAUAGCCGAUCAGGUGGCAGCGGCACAACGUGUACAGAGAUAUGAAGCAGCAGUCUGAUCUCUCUGCCUUUAACCUGACUUUCGCACGCAACAAUCUCUAAAGUUUGUACAGAAUGGUGCGAAAAACAAACAACAUUGUGUGAGCGACAGAUCUGUGGGUAAAAAUAACGUGCUGAAAGGAGCGAUGAGAGGACAAUGACCAGAUCUGCCAGGGAGGAUACAGUAGCUCGUAUUCUCAGAUAACUGCAUGAAUGUGCGGGUGCUCCUGUUAAAGAGGACAGCGAGUGUAUCUUGAUAACGAAUGGCCCUUGUCAUGCCCUCAUACAGUACCGUAUUGUACACACAGGUGAACGUCUCUUUUUGUUGUAUUAAUUGUAGGUGAGUCAAAUGAAACCCUUUUAGAAAUUGUUUAUUUCACAGAAACGUCGCAAACUCAUUUUGUCAUUUUUUUCUUCCUCUGCCUUCUGUGAGCCUUCGGUCUCUUUCUCUAAACUGUCGCACUUUUAAGGCUUUCAUUCGACUCAUCCGUGGAUUUUAAAUCCGAUGUAUGAAAGUAUUUGUUUUACCGUCUGCAUAUUCAAAAAAAUGAUAUUUUAAUAUAAUUUUUUUUGAGAUUUUUAUUUUUUUUUUUUGGCCAAAACUUUUGUGAUGUACUUAAAUACCGUUUAGUUGAUGGAAAAGAUUAUUAUAAUUUUUUUUUUGCUGCUGUAAAUUUGUAAGGCAGUAUUCGACAGAUUCUAAAGUUUUCACUGGUUAUUUACGGUGAUGACAAAUAAACUAAUAAAAAUAAUAAAA